AUGGAUGAUUUUGAUAUACCACCCAACCAAACUUUAUAUAUAAACAAUUUAGAAGAGAAAAUAAAUGUAAAUGAUUUGAAAUAUUUACUAUAUGAAUUUUUUUGUCCAUAUGGAAAUGUAUUGGAUGUAGUUAUUAAAAAAUCAAAUAAAUUAAGAGGGCAAGCAUUUGUUAUUUUUAGCAAUAUAGCAUCAUCAACCUUAGCUUAUAAAAAUUUAAAAGGAAAACCCUUCUUAAAUAAAAAUAUAAAUAUUAAUUAUGCAAAAACGAAAUCAAGAAUAAUUGAAAAAUUGGAUGGAACAUAUAAUCCAAUUAAAAAUUAUAAAUCAGCUAAUAAUUAUGAAAAUAAAAUAAAUCAAUUUACCUUAUUUGUUCAGAAUUUACCUGAUGAAAUUAAUAAAAAUGCUCUAGAAAUUCUAUUUAAUCAAUAUCCUGGAUUUUCGGAAGUUAGAUAUAUACCAGGAAGAAAUGUAGCUUUUAUUGAUUUUAAUUCUUAUCAAAAUGGCGAAGUUGCUAUGAAUGGUUUGCAAAGUUUUAAGAUUACACCAGAACAUCCUAUGAAAAUAUCAUGGUCGAAUUAA